AUGGUAACACAGAAGUCAGGAAUGAGAUGGUUCCCCCAAGUGAGAGGUGAGGAAGGCUGUCUCAACACUGAACUCUGUUCAGGUACAGAGUGGGACCGUUUGUGGUAUAUCUGGCUGGUGGUGGCGAUCGGUGGGCUGCUGCUCCUGUGUGGCCUGGUUUCCAUCUGCGUGAGAUGCUGUUUUCAUUGCCAUCAGACAGGGGAGGAAUCAGGUCCUCAGCCCUAUGAGGUCACCGUCAUUGCUUUUGAUCAUGACAGCACCCUCCAGAGCACCAUUACCUCUCUCCAUUCUGUGUUUGGGCCUGCUGCCAGGAGGAUAUUAGCGGUGGCACACUCCCACAACGCUGCGCAGGGACCACCACCCCUCUCGGCAUCAGACACUCCUCCAGUCUAUGAAGAAGCUCUGCACAUGAGCAGAUUCACCGUCGCCAAGGCAGGGCAGAAAGUGCCAGACCUGGAUCCAGUGCCAGAAGAAAGACUGCAGGCAUCUGCCAAGGGCAAGGAUGCCCAGCCAUCCCUCCCAGGACAUUAGUACCUGGUUUUACUGAAUGUAGUUACAUGCAGAGACUAAUUCUUCUGGGCAGGGUUCGGAAUAUCAGAUUAAGUUUCUUAGUCAUUAGGGAAAAGCAAAAAAAGAGACUAAAUUCCAAAUAUUUUCAGAUCCAGCAUAUUUUGAUGGCUCCUUUUGACCAUUUUUUGAGAUAACUGGCCAUUGGCAUUCUCCAUGUCCACAUACACACAUCACUACUGUCACAGUUUGCAGGAAUAAGCAGGCAGCAGAAUCAAGAUGCUGAGCCACUUUGCAGGCUAGUGACCUGCAGGGAGAUGGCAGAUGCUGGCUCAUUCUGCUUGCCUCCACCCAAGUUUCCUGGGGAUGGCAGAGAGAUUUUCACAACAGAAAAGAAAAAAUGAAGACAUGUGAGAUCUUAAUACCUAGUAACAUCAAACUUCUCAAAAGUGCCAACCAUUUAUAGUAAAUUAAAAAAAAAAAAAAAAAAAAAAAGAAAGAAAGAAAAAAGGAGCUGUGUAGGAACACAAUCUUCAUGUAAACAAAAGACAGCAUACAUUGGUCGUAUGUGCAGUAGAUGUCCUGAACGCCCUACAGGAUAUAUGUCAUGAAGACAGUCUGGUUUUGAAUACGAUACAUAGCAAUUCUAAAAUAGUAGUCACAAGCUCUUACAUUUUAAGUAACAAAUAUGAUGUCUAUGCUAGCCGAUCAAACGAGGGAAGGAGCGAGAACACUACCUCUGAAAUAAAGUCAAUCAUAUUUUAGUUGCAUUCAUAUUGUAUCAUUUAUAAAUUAUUCCUAAUGUUGCUGUCAAAAGCAGGUCAAAUUUAAUACAACCAUUUAAAACAUUUCAGCCAUUUCUCAGAUAGAAAUAAUUUGUGAGUCUUUCCUGAUGAAUACAAAUAUGUUGAAUGACCCAGAAAUAUUAAUCAAACUGUUUGGAUGAACAUAGGUAUGGACCAUCUGUAAAAUGUUUUCUUGGACUAGGUAUUCAUUGAGAAGGCGACCUCAAUUACAUCAGUAUUAUAUCCACCCCAGGUUCAGCAACUGAAAACAUUCAAGCAGAGGGACAUCAAAAAUCAAAUGAUAAGCAGCCAAGAAUGAAUUGCGUGUGUAUGUUAAUGUUGAUAUGAAUGCACAGGUCAUGGAUAUCACAUCCUUCUUGAAGUGGCUGCAUGACCCUUCCUACUGGGGUACCCAAAUUCUCAUGUCCUUAAUAUGCUGAUCUUCUCUCCUGUGAAAUACAGAAAAAAUGGUUAUUUUGUAGAUAAGGAAAGGUCCACGAAUAUGUUUAGGAAUCUAACUGCUGUUGAGAUUACAGUGUUAGACAAUUUUAGAGGUUGAUAAGAUAGCUUCAGCAUAGAGCCGAAUUGAACAACCAAUACAUCUUUGAUGAUGUCCCAGACCUUGCCCAGUCACAUGAAUUCUGUAUCCAAAAGAACUUAAUGAGGGUCCUGAUUUCCUAGGCCAAAAUCUUCUUCCUGAAUUGCCUAGU